GUCCGCUCCUUUGUAUUCGACCCGUAUGAUCCCUCGAGCAUGGCUCUAAUUUCCAACGGCUGGUUGUGGACUGUGGCGGACUUCGGUAUCCAACACCCACCGCUAGUAGUGAAGAAGUACAAGAUGGUCACUUCCAAUCCCCUGGCCAAGCUC